ACUUUGAAGGGUGUAUCUUGUCCCUGGUCCCUUCCUCUCUGUCUCUGCUUCCUGGAUGUCAUGAGAUAGUCUCUCUCUGUAGCUCGAGCUUUCCUUGAACUUGAGUCCAUUCUCUGGCCUGAGCCUUCAUGUGCUGGAAUUAGUCAUGACCCACUACACUCGGGUUGUAAAUGUCUUUUUUAAGCAGGUAGGGAGGCAGGCAGGGCAGGGUACCAGCAGGCUAGACCAAAUAGAUGGUGGUCAGCAGCUAGCUGAGAAGGCACCGUCCCCACAGCAGGAUAUCGGCUUGAAAGUGUUGCCGGGACCCCUGAAAGUGAGCAUCGUGGGUUCAGGGAACUGGGCGUCAGCUGUUUCAAAAAUCAUUGGGAACAAUGUGAAGACCACCAAGAAGUUCGCUUCCCCGGUCAAGAUGUGGGUAUUUGAAGAGAUCGUCAAUGGGAGGAAGCUGACAGACAUCAUCAACACUGAUCACGAAAACGUAAAGUACCUUCCCGGAUACAGGCUGCCCGAGAAUGUGAUAGCUACUCCAAGUCUCAGCCAGGCUGUGCAGGACGCAGACCUGCUGGUGUUUGCUUUCCCACACCAGUUCAUUCGAAAAAUCUGUGAUGAACUCGCUGAAGUGGUGCCCAGGAAAGCCCGAGGCCUCACCCUCAUCAAAGGCAUAGACGAAGGCCCCGAGAGCCUGAAGCUUAUCUCUGACAUCAUCCGAGAGAAGGUGAACAUAGAUGUCAGCGUGCUGAUGGGGGCCAACUUAGCCAAUGAGGUGGCUGCAGAGCAGUUCUGCGAGACCACCAUUGGCAGCAAGGUGCUGCAGAACGGCCUUCUCUUCAAAGAGCUGUUUCAGACCCCCAACUUCCGAGUCACUGUGGUUGAAGAUCCAGACACGGUGGAGCUGUGCGGAGCUCUAAAGAACAUUGUCGCCAUGGGGUCCGGGUUCUGCGACAGCUUCUGUUGUGGAAACAGCACCAAGGCUGCUGUCAUCCGCCUGGGCCUCAUGGAGAUGAUUUCUUUUGUCAGGACCUUCUCCAAGGGCCAAGUGUCCAUAGCCACUUUCCUGGAGAGCUGCGGGGUGGCUGACCUCAUCAGUACCUGCUACGGGGGGCGGAACCGAAAGGUAGCGGAAGCCUUCGCCAGGACAGGAAAAAGCCUUGAGGAGUUGGAGAAGGAGAUGCUGAAGGGACAGAAGCUGCAAGGGCCACACACCUCUGCCCAGGUGUACCGCAUCCUCAAGCAGAAGGGGCUGCUGGACAAGUUUCCACUGUUCACAGUUGUGUAUCAAAUCUGUUACGAGGGCAGAGCAGUUACCGAGCUGAUACCCUGUCUACAGAACCACCCAGAGCACAGGCGAAGGGAACUGGGGACAAGCCCAGCUCUACCUCACCCAUCUCAGGGUCACACAGACACCAGGACGUGACAGUAAGAUGGUUGCCUGCCUUUCUCUCAUCUUGGACACACGAAUUUCUGGGUCAUGAGAGAGGACUCAGUGGCUGAUGUACUGGUAACAACUACACAUACACAAUGAAUGUGAAAAAACACAGCAAAGAAAAAAAAUACAGCUUGGGAGUUGAAUCAGGA